CACGGCGCUUGUCGCCACCAUCGUUUUUAAAUUUAACGUCAACCUAACCUGAAAAUCGUGAACGUUGUCCAAUUUUUCAAAAAUGUCUUUCAGUUUCGGUACCCCCAAAACGGCAACAGGCUUUACAUUACCUACCACUAGCACAAUUGCCACCACUACAGCUUCAGGCGGUGCAGGCGAUACUAAACAACAAACUAAUAAGCCACUAACAAAUCUAUUCGGUACUCCUACGACCAGUGCCGGAUUUUUCUUGGGUACAACCCCCAAAACAACUGCGUCAGUAAGUUUUGGCUUAACAACAAGCGCAACUGCGACCCCCAGCUUUACUAUAACUCCUGCGACUUCGACAACUACGCCCCAGUUUAGUCUAGGAACAAGUGCUUCAACUACUACUACUGCAGCUACUUCAUUUACUCCUAUUUUGUCAACAGGGACAUCCUUAUCUUCAGGUUUCUCUUUAGCAAGCAGUGCUUCAACUUCUGCACCUUUGAAAUUAACCACAACCUUAACACCCUCAAGUACAGCAACAACAUCUGCCCCCAGUUUAGGCCUAGGGGGUCUAACAACUGCCACACAAGCGACACCUGUUACCACCACAACAGCAAGUGUCCCAACAUCUGGUACUUUAACUUAUGCUCAAUUAGAGGAUUGUAUCAACAAGUGGACUAUAGACUUGGAAGAACAAGGAAAAUUCUUUAUCAAUCAAGCCAAACAGUUGAACGCUUGGGAUAACCUACUGGUUUCAAAUAGUGAUAAGAUAUUAGCCUUAAAUGAAACAGUUGAGCGUGUGAAAGAGCAACAGAAGCAACUAGAUCAAGAACUUGACUUUGUAUUGGCGCAACAGAAUGAGUUAGAUGAGUUGAGUCUUCCUUUAGAGAAGCAAUUGACUGAUAUUCCAGUCACAGAUCAGAAUAGAUUCCAAACAUACCAGUUGUCUGAAGUAAUUGAUUCCCAAUUGAAGCAAAUGUCAGAGGAUUUGAAAGAAAUUGUGGAACAUUUAAAUGAGUCCAACAAAAAUGAAGAUAUCACCGAUCCUGUAAUACAAGUCAGUCGCAUUUUAAAUGCCCACAUGAAUUCACUCCAAUGGAUUGAUAGAAACACUUCCCAAAUUUGCUCCCAUUUGGAACAGAUCACACAGUUACAUGAAACUUACAAGAAAAACGUUUUUAUUAAAAUUUCCUCUAUACAAUAACGCCUUGUACAAAUUUCUCAUAUCAAACAAUAAAUCUAACAAGAUAUUGCACUUUA